AUGAAAACAGCAACCAACAUCUAUAUUUUUAAUUUGGCUUUGGCUGAUGCUUUAGCCACCAGUACUUUACCUUUCCAGAGUGUUAACUACCUGAUGGGAACAUGGUCUUUUGGUAACGUGUUGUGCAAGAUUGUAAUGUCUAUUGACUACUACAAUAUGUUCACAAGCAUCUUUACCCUGACCACCAUGAGUGUUGAUCGAUAUAUUGCUGUGUGCCACCCAGUCAAAGCCCUGGAUUUCCGCACCCCAAGAAAUGCAAAAAUUAUUAAUGUCUGCAAUUGGAUUUUAUCUUCUGCAAUUGGACUGCCUGUGAUGAUAAAGGCGACAACAACUCAUGACAGCAAUGGUAUUACAGACUGCACACUGAAAUUCCCUCAUCCUUCCUGGUACUGGGAAAACCUACUGAAGAUCUGCGUCUUCAUCUUUGCUUUCAUCAUGCCUGUCCUCAUCAUAACUGUCUGCUAUGGGCUCAUGAUCCUUCGUUUAAAAAGUGUACGCAUGCUGUCCGGCUCCAAGGAAAAAGACAGGAACCUCAGGAGAAUCACCAGAAUGGUCCUGGUUGUCGUUGCUGUGUUUAUUGUCUGCUGGACUCCGAUCCACAUCUACGUCAUUAUCAAAGCUUUAAUCACUAUCCCAAACUCCUUGUUCCAGGCAGUAGCCUGGCACUUCUGUAUCGCUCUGGGUUACACCAACAGCUGCCUCAACCCUGUCCUUUAUGCUUUUCUUGAUGAGAACUUCAAAAGGUGUUUCCGAGAGUUCUGUAUCCCUUCAUCCUCAGUGAUAGAGCAGCAGAACUCUAUCCGAACCCGUAACCUUCACCGAGACCACAACUCCAGUGCACAGACUGUGGAUAGGACUAACCGUCAGGUAUGACUAGCUGUGGACAUGUCAUCCCUGCACUCACUUUUCCAUGCAGGUGAUGACAUGAAUUCAGAAGUCACACAAGUCACAACAGCGCUUUGAUAGUAAAACAGUGUCGUACAUAUUAUAUCCAUUUUAUAUUGGUAAAACCCUGUUUCAAGGAGGGUGCAUUAGUUAGACCUCCUGUUUUGUUAAGCUGAGGCAACAGCCAAGACAGGAGGUCUAAAUAAUUCAUCCUUUUUAAGGGGUUUUACAAGUGCAUGCCCCAUGGAGAUUUAUGUUUUUAAGUUAUGCUAUUUUUACUGAGUAAGUGUAAGUUUUUCAUAUUUUAAAUGUUUUUUUAAUUGUUCAAAGUGUAAUUGGUUCAUUCUUGAUUGUGAAGUAAUUGAUAGACAGGUGUUGUAGAGAAGCGAUUGGCUGAAUACAUGGUACACACAAUGUUAGGUAUGUGGCUUUGUCCUUUAUAUUUUGCAAGGUUUUUUAAAACGCAGAUACAAUCGCCACCACCUAGAACUGCCGCGUUUGUGUUAACGUGAUUCACCCGUAGUAAGCAAUGGGCGGUAUAAACUCCCAUACAAUAACCUGACAUUCAAAAUGUCCCCCAAUCACCAGUACAGGAAACAAAAUAAACA